CGCUAUUGCUAAGCGACCGGCGUGUUCACUGACCCGCUUCAGUCUCCACCGAGGCUUGCACUGACACUAUAUCAAGCUCCUGUUUACCAUAGCUGACCCAAAAAAACCUCAACCAUAGAUCUUUCACUGUGUGAAGAAUAACCGAGACGUCUGAGGAUGUUUGGUGCGGGGAAUCCGGUGAUGUUGGUGUUGGGGGUGCUGGUGCUGCGCACGGUCUCUGCUUUUACCGAGCCUUCAAUCAAUGCAUCGGACCACCUUACACUAAAUACAGAUUCUCAAAUGCCAUCAGUGACACUGCAGUGUAACCUGACUUCUGCACACAAUCUGAUUGAAAGCUACUGGGUGAAGAAUGGAGAGGAGAUCUCAGGAACACGAAAAGUACAAAGGACCACCGAGUACACAAUCUCCAAGCCAAAAGCAGACGAUGCAGGGGAGUACAUGUGUGUGUACACGAUUGAUAAUGGCCCUCUUGCUAAUGCCACUAUUGAGGUGAAAGCUGAGCCAGAAAUUACAGGACACAAGCGCAGUGAGAAUAAGAAUGAGGGAGAACAGGCUGUCCUCUACUGCAAGUCUGUUGGCUACCCCAGGCCUAUCUGGAGCUGGCGCAAAAAAUUAGACAACGGUGCAUCCUUUGAUAUUGACAACUCAUCGGGCCGCUUUUUUAUUAGCAGCAAGGACAGCUACACAGAGCUAUCCAUUAUUAACCUGGACAUUGGUUCUGACCCUGGAGUGUAUGAGUGCAAUGCCACCAAUACUAUUGGAUCCAAAUCCGAGAUUUCAGUGCUUCGUGUUCGGAGUCACCUGGCUCCCCUCUGGCCCUUUCUAGGCAUAGUUGCUGAAGUCCUUGUUUUGAUUCUCAUCAUUGUUGUCUACGAGAAACACAAGAAGCCAGAUGACGUUCCUGAUGAUGAUGAAUCAGCUGGGCCUAUGAAAACUAAUUCAACAAACAACCACAAGGACAAAACCAUACGUCAACGAAACACAAAUUAAGCUGACCUCUAGUAAAAUAAAGACAUUCAUAUCAUGACCAUAUUAUUAAAAUACUUAAAAAUUAAAUGUGUAAGAAUGCAUAAUGUAAUUCAGAAAGACAUCUGGUCAGAUAAAAUGCAUCUGACCACUCGAGGCAUGCCUUAUGAACGUGUUGUGAAGAGGAUAUCAGAUGAGAAUUUAACAUUAUUAUUAGCAGAGUAAAUAUUAUAAACAUUUUAUUGCAUGAUUGUGUUGCUGGAUAUGUUUUUUUUUAUUUUUUUUUAUUUAUAAGUAGAAAUGUGAAGUGCAUGCAAUAUAAUAGUCUGCUGUUUGAUAAAAUAUAAGAUUUGA